AUGGCACUUAAAACAAUUCUUUACCCAUACCCUACAGGAAAUAUAAUAUAGUAGACUAUAGUAUAUUACAUACUACCUCAUAUGCUUCUGUGUCAAAUAAUAACAGUAUUUUAGGCGCAUUCCCCUUGAGUGAUAUGACCUUACAUAUAGAACUACGCACUAUAUGGCAUAUCAAAGUACGAUUGUACAUAUAUAUGUAUAUAGCUGUAGCUCUCAAAUGGUACAUUGACAUAAAAUAUUUAUUUAGUAAAUUAUGUAUGAAAGGCUUUGAAAGGUAUUGCCUGAAAAGCUUCAUAUAAUGAUUACUAAAUUUCAGUCGUUUUUACAAAUCUGACAUCUUGCUACAUUUUUAACAGUAUUCGAGUAAUUUAUCGAUGUGGAAUAAGUCUUUCAAAAAUUGGAUCGAAAAAACAAUAUUUUACCAAGACGAAUCAAUGUAAUUUGAAAUUGCUAGUAAAACAAUAUUUCUUACUGCCGUAACGAUAAAGUAAGAAAGUUCGAAUUAAUCACGAAUUAUAAUAAUGUUAACAUGCAAUCGAAUGUUGCUAACGCAAAUAAUUACAAGGGUUGAUGCUAUACAAAAUUAUUUCAGCUUAAAAUAGCCAGCUCAGCUAACACGUAGCACGUUACUGUAUCUAAUUCUGGAAUCGAAUAGUGAAAUAUUAAGUAUGGCUUUGGCAAGAAAUUAAAUAUUACUUCCCUUCAAGCAUCACGUAUGGAAUUGACGUCUCUAGACUAGAUACGUUAGAAUAAGAAAAUCCAUUACGUCACCAUGUUCAUUCCGAACUAUAGAUUAGCUUUCGAUAGGUCAUAUACGGAAUGAGUGUAGAACUCGUGGUCAAUUCCAAAAAUAGUUUAACUGGUACCAUGUAUGCUGUAAGAACAUGUGCUGAUGCCGUUUCGGCUUUUGAACGCCCAAUCAUGAAUUUCACGUGUGGCUCACGUUCUUUUAAGUAUGAUCAGUAAUAAAACCGGUACUAAGAUAAACUUAUACUUAAGGUAAAUCCACCACAAAGUAGAAUGACGUAUAUAUAAUGUUUAGACACAGGAAAAGCAUAGAGAAAAGUUGCGCCUGUGCUGUAGAUUCAUACCAAUAUCGCUAUUGGCGUAUGUACAUGGUACAUGUGUAUGUUGUUCAUUUGGUAACCAUAGCAAUUGGUAAGGCUCAUUGUCGUGUUAUCGCUGAAAUACAGGGUAAUUCACCUAGUCUUCCAAACAUACAUAUAUAUAUUCCAUACGUGGAGGGCAUAUAUGUAGCCCAUAGCCACCCUUCAGAGCAUCAGUAUAUGAUGUAUCCUCGGCACGAGCACUGAACCUACGCACCAUUAUUGAACAUCGACUACUUAUAUAGCGACAUUCCAAAAGUAAAAGUUACUUACAUAUUUUAAGUUAAUUUCUCUAAAUUUAUUGAUAAACUGAUAAAAAUAAAAAUAUAUGUACCAUAAAACGUACUUCAAAAAAUUCUUCACUGAUAAACUUGUUUCAAAAAUUUUGUAAAAGUGUGCGGACUUAUGAAGUACAACGUGAAGUUUUGAAACGCCACUCAGGAAUGCGUUUGAUCAAGAAGCAUCUCAGCGAGCGUAUUGUUUUUCAGCGUCGAUGAUCUUCAUGAACAUCGUGUGUUUUGAAAGUGUUCUGUAAAUGAAACAUUAUCAAGGAUCAAUGUAAUGAUUGAGAAGUAUAACAAAAAUCAUUUAUAAAAAUUCCCUAUACCCAUUUAAAUUAUAUCCGAAACUGAUUGUCAUGGAUCUUGAGAUUCAGGCGGCAUCUAUUUGAUAAUGGGGCAAGAUUUUUCCUUGUUGGGUAUGAAGAAUACGAGGAGAAGAUUGGUCAAGGCUGUAUGAUUGUACUCGACGGGUUGGCCUGGGGGUAGGCAAGUGGGCAGUAUUGCAUUUAUAAUUGAACUACAGUCCAACCAACGCGAGGCCGCCACGGAUAGGAACGAUCAAAACUGAUCGAUGUCUGUUUUCUGCAAUGAACAAUUGGACACUGUUAGAGAAGGAGUACUAGUUCGUGAGCGGAGACUUUUGACAAUAUCCUUACCUCCAUUACCCAGUAGUCUUCCUGGUUGUAGCCCAAGCUUUUCCAUCUGCAGCUCGACAAGCCCCGUUUUUGAAAAUCUUGGCAUGGACGCUGAUAAGCUGCGACUCGAGGACGAGACACAGGAUUUUCACAGUAGAAGACCAAGCCGUGGCGAUGGGCAAUCACAAAUUCCUGAAAUCAGUCCCAGCAAGUCCCAAUUCAGUGAUCUAGUUAGAUCUAUAGGAUCGUCAGACACACCCCAGACAUCUUCAGCGACUCCAUCACCAAGUAAAGAGGCAGCAAAUCACACCGAUGCAGUUUAUGACGUGACGAAGCCCGUGUUACAAAGUUUAAAAAGUGAAACGGUUCCCGAAACGGAGAGAAAUGGUCUAGAGUUGCAGGUGCAAUCAAUCAAUGAGAAUUCUUCCAUGACGAAUAGUCCUAGAAGUGGAAAAAAAUUCUCCAGGGCAAGUGUGCAUCCUUCGGGGGCUAUUUUGACGGUACGAGAUGCAUUUGGUCCAAAGUUACCACCGGCUACUCCCGAUGCUAGUCCAUCGUUACCAGGGACUCCUAUUCCUACAGAAUCUGACAGCGAAGUCAUUACUAAAGAGCCUGUAGUGGGAAAAAGUUCUGGCUCGGAUAACAAUGAAACAGAGCAAGAUCCAGAAACUCUGUUCUUUCGUGAUGGUCGUAGGAGAAUAGAUAUGGUUUUGGUGUAUCAAGAGGAAAACGAAGGCGUCAUGACGGAAGCAGAAGCUCGCAGAAGAGAGCAAAGGCGUGUCUUCCAACAAAAUCUCUUAAAGGAAGGACUCCAAAUGGAACUAGAACCAAAGGAAAAUUCAUAUGAUGGAAAAACAUAUUUUUUAAAACUGCAUAUACCAUGGAAGAUCAAAGUACAAUAUGCUGAAGUAAUGAACUUGAAAUUGCCCACCAAAAGAUUCAUCACGAUAUCUGUAAAAGCAUGGGGUGACGAGGGUGGUAAAGCCAAAUCAAAAAUAUGGGAAAAAUGGUUACCCUGGCUGGAAUGGAUACAAAAGAUACAUUCUUGGGACUUGAGUAAAUAUCCAGAAGAACCGAGCUUCUACGCAAGCACGGAUUCUGGUGAUAGAGAAGAGAGAUUUGUAGUAAAAGACAGAGACACAGCUUAUACACCUGCACAGAGGUCUUUGAUAGUUAUGCAAAUACUACUAAGAGCAAGAUACGAUGAAACUCAUGAAAAGUCUGGCAUUAGAAGACUUUUAGCUGAUGGAACAUAUCUCGACUGUUUUCCCUUGCACGAAGGCUCAUAUGAGAGACCUGGUCCCAAUGGAGAACUCACAGACAGACAUUUAUUGUAUCUUAUAUGGGCAAGACCAUCUCAAUGGUAUAAAAAACAACCAUUAUGGCUAAUCAGACGAUACUUUGGAGAAAAGGUAGCCCUGUACUUUGCCUGGUUAGGCUUUUACACGAAAUCGUUGUAUCCUCCGGCCAUUGUUGGACUUUUGUGCUUUAUAUACGGAAUUGCCAGCAUGGACGGACCCGAUAACAUGCCCAGUCACGAAAUUUGCGAUGUGAAAAGAGCUGGCAAUAUCACGCUUUGCCCUCUUUGCGACAAAGCAUGUACAUAUCGAAAGCUUCGUGAAUCUUGCCUCUUUUCUAAAUUGACAUAUUUAUUCGAUAAUCCAGCUACAGUUUUCUUCGCCAUUUUUAUGUCAUUCUGGGCAACGACAUUUCUGGAAUUAUGGAAGCGUCGUCAAGCAGUGAUUGUCUGGGAAUGGGAUCUUCAGAAUUCAGAAGGAGAUGAGGAACCUAGACCAGAAUUCGAAACGUCUGUUAAAACAUUUCGAAUAAAUCCGGUCACCAGAGAGAGAGAACCAUAUUUACCAGGAUGGUCCAGAGCAUUGAGAUUCAUCGCUACAAGCUCAAUGGUAUUUUUUAUGAUUUGUGUAGUACUGGGUGCUGUUUUGGGGACAAUCAUAUAUCGAAUAUCUCUGGUCUCGAUAUUCUAUGCCGGCGGCGGAGACUUUCUAAAAAAGCAUGCGAAAAUUUUCACUUCCAUGACAGCCGCUCUUAUCAACUUGACAAUAAUCAUGAUACUGACACGAGUAUACCAUCGAUUAGCUAGAUGGUUAACUAACUUGGAGAAUCCAAGAACACAAACCGAAUACGAAGACAGCUACACAUUCAAAAUAUUCCUAUUCGAGUUCGUCAACUUUUACUCCUCUCUAAUUUACAUAGCAUUCUUCAAGGGAAGGUUUUUUGUGCAUCCCGGCGACGAGGGUUCUCGCUCAUCUGAAUUCUUUCGCAUUAAAACAGACGUGUGCGAUCCUGCAGGUUGUCUCUCCGAGGUUUGCAUUCAACUGGCCAUUAUAAUGGUAGGGAAGCAAUGCUUCAACAACUUCCUAGAGAUCCUUUCACCAAAAAUGUGGAACUGGUGGCGAAAGAGGACUCAGAGGGCUGCCACAAAGGAUCGUACAAGACAAUAUACAUGCUGGGAACAGGAUUAUCAACUUCAGGAUCCUGGAAGACUUGCGUUAUUCGAUGAAUAUUUAGAAAUGAUUUUGCAGUAUGGAUUUGUUACGUUAUUCGUGGCAGCCUUUCCUCUAGCUCCGCUCUUUGCACUGCUAAAUAAUAUAGGCGAAAUAAGAUUGGAUGCUUACAAAAUGGUAAAGGAAGCUCGAAGACCUUUGGCAGAAAGAGUGGAGGAUAUGGGUGCCUGGUUUGGUAUCCUCAGGGGAGUAACUUAUGCAGCUGUAGUAACGAAUGCAUUCGUAAUAGCGUAUACGUCGGACUUCAUACCGAGAAGUGUAUACGCGUUUGUAUAUUCACCUACAAACGAUUUAAUCGGCUACAUUGAUAAUUCCUUAUCCGAAUUCAAUACUUCCCAUUAUUCGGCCGAUAUGGGUAGCGACACGGAUGAUCCUGACCCUCCUGUAUGCCAAUACAGAGGUUAUAGAAAUGGCCCCAAUGCGGAACGACCUUACGAUCUCAGUUUUCAGUACUGGCAUGUUUUUGCUGCCCGACUGGCAUUCGUAGUUGUAUUCGAACAUGUAGUAUUCGCACUGACCGGUAUAAUGAGCUAUGCAAUCCCAGCAGUACCUAGGGCCGUUGCAACGCAAAUACAAAGGGAACGGCUUCUAGCACAGGAAGCUAAGUAUGAAAAGGGACUUAAGGGCAGGGAAGAUGAGGAUGAUUUGCUUUCGAUACUGAGAGAAUCCGGUGCUAUCGGGAGAAUCGGUGGUGGUCGUGGUAGUUGGGCUAGACGAUUUAGUAAACUGAGCGACGGACUGGAUGCUCAUGUCGAGGUUGGUUCUAGGCGUAAUAGACAAAGCGAUGCUUCUACAGUCUGGGAAGUCACGUAGUCGAUUCAAAGUUAAUUAGAGACUGAACUGAUAAGUAUACGUACAUAUCGCGAUACUUUGUUGGAAAACUGUUUUUACCAAUUGAUCGUGACUUCAACGUAUCUAACUUCUAUCGUUCAUCCUUGAGGUCAAGGCUAUCAAUGCCAUUUAUAGUAUGUUGGUACACGAAUAAAUUAUGAAUGUUCAAGACCCUGAGAAACGUAGAUUUGUACAUACGUAGAGCCGUGGUGCUGCUAACCGUCGUUUGUCCUAGGUACUAGACAUUUCAAUCAAAUAUACAAUAUGAUCAUUAGGUCAUUUCAUGAAAAGUUUAUAAAAACUGUUUCCAUGUGAUACUCUAGAAUGGAAUUUCUUUCCGCAUAAAAUGACGAUCAAAAAGUAUAGAAAAUUUCUGUUUUAUCUGAUAGCGGAUGAAGAGCAAUAGCAAUAAUACUCUUUAGGGUAUUAAUAUUGAAUCAAAGUUGGAAGCAAAUAUCAUUGAGCAUUUUUAAAUAUCUCAUUGUUGUUUUUGCAGUUGCGCAGAAAAAACAAACAAUAUCUCGCUCAAGUAAAGAUGCUACUUUCUUGUUGAGUUACAGACGAUCAGAAUGCCAAUUUUACACCUUAAUUUUUAGUUUUAAGAGUAUUUUGCUCAAUUUAUCAAAAAGUGUGCAAAGUGAAAUCUAAGUAAAAUACACAAGUUUGACUGUAACAAUUGACAAAAAAGUUGAAAUUACGCAAAUGUAUGAAUACUGAAAAUUCAAUACUCUGUGAAUGUUACGCUUAUUACAUCCGUCCAAUGAUUAUUGAAUCUGUCAUAUGUAUCAAUUUAAAUAAGAAUGUUAUUAUUAAAAAUGAUUAAAUUUGAAUAAAAAAUCAAAAGCAAUUA